AUGUCCGAGCAGGAAUUGCUAAAGCUUGAUGAAGAGAGGAUGCGGAUGGAAAAGCGAGCGAAGGAGCUCACGGAGUAUUUAACAGCGCCGGGUAUGCCGGGUUUGAAAGGUGGACUAGACACCCCCGAUGGUUACCCCAGAAACGAUAUCGAUGUUCACGGAAUCUUAAUUGCACGAAAUGAAUUGGCCUGUUUAAAUACGGACUAUAAUGAGCUUAUGAAGAAGGUGGAACAGAAGCUGGCCGAAUUGCAUGCAGCUACCGCUUGA